GCGAAUGACAUUUCCCAGUCUGUUCGCAAGAGUCGAUGUUUGUGAAUCCCUCAUGCGACUUGCAUAGGUGCUCGUCGAAGCAUGUAGCCUCAUCCACAUAUUGAGCAUCGAUUCACCAUGUCCAUUUUAGGCAACUUGAGUGCUUAGAAUGCUUGACGGAUGGUCAAUUGGCGAAGCCGACUGAAGAAAGAACUUAUAACGCGAGGAAGAAAACAACCUUGGAAAGCUUUGGCAGGUGAGCUGUUGUCGCCGUCCUUCCGGCAUCAAGCUAGCCCCUAGCCCCCCGCAGCAGGGCUGGGUUGGCGUUAGCCCAUGACGAUGCUGCCCCAGGCUACGAAUUGUUCAUGUUGCAGGUUUUAAAUAUCACCUCUCCCGAUUUAUCGAGGUUUAGCAUUGGCAAUGCGACGACUCCCCGCAACAAGUCAGAGAACAUUACCGCAGUUUUGUGCUCAUGGAACCUCGAGCAAUGCUAUCCACCUCCCGUCUCCGUUUGCUUGCGGCAGACGAAUCCUUUCUUUUCGUCGAAACUUGUCCUUCUCCUCCAUCGAUCCUGUGACGAUCUCACGCGACCGACAGGAAGUCACUUUUCGCCUGAAAGAUGGAAAUGUCGUCACACAAAGGAUUGCGCCAACACCCAAGGUGAAGAAAGAAAAGCUCGAGGAAGCUCUGUCCUCAUUGCUAUCGAGUCCAGAAUCGGAUUCAACCAAGACCGGGCCAUGGUAUGGCACUGUGGACUGGGAACUUGAUCCCUUGGGCGACGCCAUUCACAGACAUGCCGCUGUGUCAUCAUACAACGAAUGUGAUGAGAUUGAGCGAUUGAUCAUGGCGAGGGCUGAAGAGAUGGGACAUCAUCCACAUAUUGCUCGGCUACAGGACCGUGAUGGACCCAUCUACAUGACCAUAACGUGCACAACCCAUAGCCCUCGAGGCUUGAGUGGUCGGGACGUGAGGCUUGCUGCAAAGAUCAACGAGGUGCUAUCGAACUUUCGAACCACUGCACCUCUAAAUGCAGAUGUUCAGGACCAUCCCACCCAGGAACAAAUCAUGGAACUUCGUCGUCGAGCCAUUGAGGACAAUCGUGAGAAGAUAUCGGAAGCUUUGGAAAGCUGCGGCUGCGAGACAGCGAAAUCUUGAAUGAGCCUGGACACCAUCCUGCAAACUAACAAUGGGUCUUUCCAUGUUGAUGAUACUCCAUUGAUACAGCGCAACGCUAAACUAUUCAAUCCUGCGCCCUCCAGACACCUUCCAGUCUAUGAAUCGCGA